AUGUCCGCCGACUUUUGGGCCGGCUACAUCAGUGGCGCGGCCGGUAUCCUAAUCGGCAACCCGCUCGACCUCGUCAAGGUCCGUCUUCAGGCGGGGGGCGAUGCCCGGCUCGGUCCAUUGGGGGGUUCAGGUGCUGCCGGCCCCCGUGCCGCCAGCUCGGGUGCAGCACGCCCCUCCUUCUUCCAGCGCACGGCUGCGCUUGCCACCGGUGCCGCAGCGCCCGUCCUCGGCUAUGGCGCCCUCAAUGCGCUGCUCUUCGUGUCCUACCGGCAGGCCGAGACGUUUUUGAUAGGCACACCUCUGUCGCCGUCUGGAGAACUGCCCGCAUCGCCUCCGCCGCAAACGAGCGCCGCCACGACGUGGGUCGCCGGUGCCGCUGCUGGCCUGGCCACAUGGAUCGUCAGCGCCCCCACCGAGCUGAUCAAGUGUCGCGCACAGCUGGCACUGGCUGGCCCUGUCCCGUCGGCAUCGUCGCCUUCCGCCAGCCAGACACCCGGCCAGGCCCAGGCAGCGCCUUCCAAGUCUCCCUCAUCGUGGUCCAUUGCCCGCCAGGUGUGGCGUGCCGAGGGCCUGCGCGGGUUUUUUCUUGGCGGCUCCGUCACGGCCCUGCGCGACAGCAUCGGCUACGGCUUCUACUUUUGGUCGUACCUGCUGGCCACGGAUGCAUGGCGGCGGUACGAGCAGGGCGGGCGCGAUGUCGACGUGUCUGCCUCGACGACCCCCUCCGCUGCUGCGACGUUAAUGUGUGGCGGCUUGGCAGGUGUCGUCACCUGGGCCAGCGUCUUCCCGCUGGAUGUGGUCAAGACGCGCGUACAAGCCCAGGCGCUGCUGCCCGUGGCGGCAGCAUCUCCAAAUACCAUUGCUACUUCUACAACACCUCUCCUCGGCUCGACUUCCACAGCAUCCCGUCAGCCCCGCCGACUGUCGACGCUUGAAAUCACCCGGAUCGCCUACCGUGAAGGCGGCACGUCUGUCUUUUUUAGGGGCCUCGGUGUCUGCAGUGCGCGCGCGUUUGUCGUGAACGCUGUCCAGUGGGCUGUUUACGAAUGGAUCAUGCGGGAGCUGGGAGCCAAAGUACAUUGA